CACCACGCAGUUUUUUGAUCGAGGAUAAUACGACUGGCAGAAGAAGAAGAACCGCAAGAGUGCGCAAAUGAGCCGCCUCUUGACUUCUUGCUUUGUUGGCAGCUUUCUCGCCCACUGUGCAGUAAAUAGUGAAGUGAAAACAUUCAGCACAUAACGCUGUCAGUCAGUCAGUGAGUCAGUCAGAUGCUGCUGGGAUUGUAAACGCGUGUGUGUUUUCUAAUCUUCUGCUUCAUAUGUUCAUAUGAAGAUGUCCAGGGUUCAUUAUAUCGCACAUACGGGGGCUGUCCUUUUCAUUUUUUUUUCACUGAUGCCUCUUAGUGCUGUACCAGAGAACCUGGGCUCAAAGGUCCAGGAUGCUGACAGCUCCAUCGAUACCAAUCAACUCAAGCUGAGGGAGGUGGUGUUUGUCAUCCAAAGCCAGAGGAACUCGUUCCACAAACAACAAGCUGAGAGGCGGAGAGAGGAUCUGCUGCUGCAGACAGAGAACCUUUUAGAGAGCCCUCCUGCUAUACUGUUGCUUCACAGCCUUUCUGACAAUGAGGGAGACUGGAGCAUUCUGCCACUGCUACCUUACUUGUCCAGUACUUUUGGAAAAAACUCUUCUUGGAUCGUAUUCCUUGAAGAGGACACCAAUGUGAGGCUGGCCAAAUUUCUGGAAGUCCUGACAAGAUUUGACAGGAGGAAAGAGUGGUUCCUUGGCAAGCCUCUGCAUGAUGAGGAGUCCACCAUCAUCCAUCACUACGCAUUCGCUGAGAACCCGUCUAUCUUCAAGUACCCCGACUUUGCAGCUGCCUGGGCCCUCAGCCUUCCCCUGGUGAACCGGCUCGCAAUCAAGGUGAAAGACGAACCUCUGAAGUCGGACUUCACCAUUGACCUGAAACACGAGGUGGCCUUGUACAUCUGGGAGAAUGGGAAGGGACCCCAGCUGACGGAGGUGCCGGAACUCUGCACCAUGCUGGAUGAGUCGCCCCUGGCCAAACACUGCGCCACCACCCUCAGCUACCGUCUGCCCAUGUGUGGGGAGCCUGUGAAGAAGGAGGACAUAUUUGUUGCUGUGAAAACAUGCAGAAAAUUCCAUACAGAGCGGGUGCCUGUGGUGAAGAAGACCUGGGAGAAGCAGGCGUCCCUGCUGGAGUAUUACAGUGACCAUGCAGACCCCUCCAUACCAACCAUCAACCUGGGAGUUCCCAACACAAACAGAGGGCAUUGUGGAAAAACCUUUGCCAUCCUCAAGAGAUUUGCAAGUGGUGCUGUGCCAAAGACCAACUGGCUCUUAAUUGUAGAUGAUGACACUCUUAUCAGCCUCCCCAGACUGCAGGCGCUGCUGUCAUGCUAUGACCCUAGUGAGCCGUUGUGCUUGGGGGAACGUUACGGCUACGGACUCAGUCAGGGCGGCUACAGUUACAUCACCGGGGGAGGGGGGAUGGUCUUCAGCAGAGAGACGGUUGUGCGGCUGUUGGCCAGUGGCUGUAAGUGCUACAGUAACGAUGCCCCUGACGACAUGGUGCUGGGAAUGUGUCUCAACGCACUCAAGCUUCCUGUCACACACAGUCCCCUCUUUCACCAGGCACGACCGGAGGAUUACUCAAGAGAAUUUCUAGCUCAUCAGGUUCCAGUAUCUUUCCAUAAACACUGGAACAUUGACCCCAUAUCAGUCUUCCAGAAGUGGCUCAAGGAUGAUGGGAUGGACCCCACCUCCGAAACACCACAAAAGGAUAUUAAGGAAGAGUUAUAGUAUUUGUGCGUGUGCGGGUGUGUUUGUGUGUGUGCGGGCGCUCAUUUGUGCACUUGUUUACAGGUUCAUGUUUGUGCAAUGUUAGACGUGAAUGUAAGACAUGGUCAUAUAAAUAAUCUGAUCUGAUCACUGAUGUAAAUGUUUUCUACAAUAUGGAUCAUGCACAUAUGUACUUCUAGAGAUGGCAAGCCACAGUUCAUAACAAUGAACUUCUGUGACCUUUCGAUAUGAUUGAAGUGUUUGAGUUGCAUGUAAAAGUCAUCACUGCCAGUGUGAAAAGGUCUCCUUGAGACCUUAUUUAUAUUUAUAUUCAAACGAUUAAGAGGAUAUUUUUACAUGUCCACUGCCCCACAAUGCUGUGUUAUGUACUAUUUUUUAAUAAAAAUGCUAUUCUUAAUUUUUUUUAAUCCUGUAGUUCUAUCUACAGCCAUUGGUGUUUGACCCUUUGGGGUGACAAAAGCACCUCCCACCUCCUGCGUAAUAUACUGUAGAAAGACUUAAUACAGUUGCAGAAAUGCUGAUUUCAUACUUCACCGUACAUGUAAGAGACAUUGGGAAUCCUGCAACACUUGUAGAAUUCGUUUUUUUUUAAUAAAUCAAUGCGUGUCAGCAUAUUGGCCCUCAUCAGGCCCAGUGAUGAAGUGUUUUAAAGUAGGCACUGAUUAGAUCAAGUGUGGCUGAUUUUUAAGAUAGCCAAUCAGGUUGGGACAUAGGAUUGAGCAAGCCAAAGAGCAGCAAUAAGAGCAAUCAUCUGACAAUUAAACAUGGCCACUAGAUAGUUGACCAUCAAACACCAAAACGCCCUGUCUUUAAAAGACAAUGUAUCCUUCAUUAUGUCAUGGAGUGUACCUCAUAAGUGUUCUUUUUCAGUCAUGGCUUUGACUAUAUGGUACUUAAAUGAAGAGGAAGCUAAACAUAAAGAAUUGUACCAAAAAUUAGUCCCUUGGGGGGGGGGGCACUGUGGCGCAAGCAGCAGCCCCGACCAUGUACGGGUUUGUACGCCCACGGGGACACAGGUCCGAAUCCGACCAGCGGUCAUUUCCCGAUCCCACUCUCUACCUCUUCUCUCCAGCUCAUUUCCUGUCAAAACUUUCACUAUCCUAUCUAAUGAAAGACAAAAACGUUUUCUUUAAACAUAAGCCACGAAUGAUUCAGCAGAGCUGAAAGGUGCAAUCCACAGGACUGGCUAUCUUUCCACUAGCAAGCUAAAUUAUUUCACACUUCAUACAAAAUAAUUGAGGCCAGGUUAGUUCACCCCUAUCUCCUCUCCCUUGCUGGGCUAACCAAAAGGUUUAGCCAAGAUUGUGGAGGCUACAGGUAGCAUGAAAAUAUUCAUGAUUGAAAGAUAGGUGACCAUUAAUGUCUACAUCAUUAACUUAGCUAAGGCAAAUAGACCUCCAUGGAUCUUCCUUUAGGCACUCAAGCUUUUAGCUCACCGGGUAACUGUUAAUGUUAACCUGCUACAGGUUACAUUUUCUUGCUGUUUUCACUACAGUGACUCAUUAUUGCAUCUUGAGCUACAAAGACACAAGACAGGCCGCAAGCAGCUGGUUAGCUGGUUAACUUUAAUAUAUAUCUUGGCCAUACAGUACAUUUGCAUUUUUGACAUUGUCAAAAAUGUAAUAUCUUUAUAUUCUGUUGUCUUAGUAACAUUUUUGGUAAAUGUUUUUAAUGUUUUACACUAAAAUUACAUAUACAUUGCAUAUGGCCCCUGAAACAAUGUAUUAUGUAAUAACUUGACAAAAUGUAAUGUAAUAACACCUGCAUUUUGUAAGAAACAGCCUGAACGCAAUAUGUAAUACAUUUCCCUGCAUUUUUUUAUACAAUAAAUUAAUACAUAAUUUCCUCUAAUGGAUCCUCUUAUUAACAACUUCCCCCGUGAACAAACAUUCUGGCAGUUCCCGUAUCAGAGCAGCUGCCUGAUACAUAUUCAUAUAGGGUUGGGGAUUAUUGGUUGACACCCAUUCUUCUGUUUAUGAUACUUAAACUUCGACAAUGUUAAUGUAGAAACAUGGGUGAAUCUUCUGAGUGAAACCUUCCUCUCUCCCUUGAUGCGCAUCAUUGCAAGAAUAAAGCCUGUGUAAGGUC